AUGGAAAACAAAACUGUUGUGCUUGAAUUUCUCCUCUUGGGAUUCUCUGGUGACCCAACAUUCCAGGUUUUCUUGUUCCUGUUAUUUUUAUCAAUCUACUUAAUAACCUUAGUAGGAAAUAUGGUCAUCAUAUUGGUAAUAUGGGCUUAUCCUCAAUUAUACACUCCAAUGUAUUUCUUUCUCAUCAACUUAUCCUUCCUUGACAUCUGUUUUUCUUCUGUAACAGUUCCCAAAAUGCUACAGAAUCUCCUGGCUACUAAAAAGACAAUUUCUCUUUGUGGCUGCAUAGCUCAGGUUUUUUUCUUUAUUUUCCUAUUUGGAACAGAGAUCUUCUUACUUUCAGCAAUGGCAUAUGAUCGUUAUGCUGCUAUAUGCUACCCACUGAGAUACAGCACUAUUAUCAACCAUCGCUUGUGCAUCCAAAUGGUAUUGGCUGCAUGGCUGUCAGGUUUCCUGGAUUCUUCUGUCAAUACUCUUUUUUUAACUAACUUAAAUUUCUGUGGUCCCAGUAACAUUACUCAUUUCAGCUGUGAGUUACCUCUGCUAUUGCAGCUGUCUUGCACUAGUAGCUUUGCCAAUGAAAUGGUCAUUCUUAUCUUUAGCAUGCCAUUAGGAUUUACUGCCCUUCUUCUAAUUAUAACGUCCUAUGUACAUAUUGUUGGCUCCAUUCUCAAGAUAAAUUCUGCAAAAGGAAGGCAGAAGGCCUUCUCUACUUGUGUUUCCCACCUCACAGUAGUUUUCUUGUUUUGUGGGACUGCUUUGAUUAGAUACAUGAAACCUGCCUCUAGCUACUCAGACACCAUGGACAAGCUAGUGUCAAUCCAGUAUAGUAUCCUAACUCCUAUGUUAAACCCCAUUAUAUACAGUCUGAAAAACAAAGAUGUAAAAAAUGCUUUAAAGAAGCUUUUUAGAAAGUGA